AGCGCGCUAGCGCGAGAGAGCGAGUGAGCAAGCGAGCAGAAAAGAGGUGGAGAGGGGGGGAAUAAGGAAGAGAGGAGGAAAGGAGAGCAGGCAGGAAGAAGGCAGGGGAAGACACCACCAUGCUGUGCUGUAUGAGAAGAACCAAACAGGUUGAAAAGAAUGAUGAGGACCAAAAGAUUGAACAAGAUGGUGUCAAACCGGAAGAUAAGGCUCAUAAGGCUGCGACCAAAAUUCAGGCUAGCUUCCGUGGACACAUAACAAGGAAAAAGCUCAAAGGCGAGAAGAAGGGUGACGCACCCGCUGCUGAGGCCGAGGCUAAUGAGAAGGAUGAUGCUCCCGUUGCUGACGGUGUGGAGAAGAAGGAGGGAGACGGCCCUACUACUACCGAUGCAGCCCCAGCCACCAGCCCCAAGGCUGAGGAGCCCAGCAAGGCAGGAGAUGCACCUUCUGAGGAGAAGAAAGGUGAGGGGGAUGCGGCCCCUUCAGAGGAGAAGGCCGGCUCAGCUGAGACAGAAAGUGCCGCUAAAGCUACUGAUAACUCGCCGUCCUCCAAGGCCGAAGAUGGCCCGGCCAAAGAGGAGCCUAAACAAGCCGACGUGCCUGCUGCUGUCACUGAUGCUGCUGCCACCACCCCUGCUGCAGAGGAUGCUGCCACCAAGGCAGCACAACCUCCAACGGAGACUGCAGAAAGCAGCCAAGCUGAGGACGAGAAAGAAGCUGUAGAUGAAGCCAAACCUAAGGAAAGUGCCCGACAGGACGAGGGUAAAGAAGACCCCGAGGCUGACCAAGAACAUGCCUGAACUUUAAGAAAUGGCUUUCCACGUUGCCCCCACCUGAACCCUGUCUCUCCCACCCUCUCUCAGCUCCACUCUCGAGGUCCUGCUCCUCUCCCGCUCACGUGUGUGAGCCUGUCCUCUCCUACCUAUG